AUGGCAAGGACCGAGACCGAAACGGCCUCGGCGCAAGCCAGUCCCAAGCUCACAAAGCCGUCGAUUCCCUGGCUAGCAAAGGUCCACCCUUACUUUGAAGACGCAGAGCACGUCUUGGUCCUUAAACUCGACAUCCUCCUCCUCUCAUGGGCCUUUGUCGCGGGCCUCAUGAAGGACAUGGACCAGUCCGCCACGACGGCAGCCUACGUCUCGGGCCUGCAAGAGGCCCUCUCCCUCUACGGCAACGAGCUCGUCGAGUUCACAACCUACUUCUCCAUCGGCUACGCCCUCUUCAUCGUCCCCUCCCAGCUCAUCCAGACCCGCGUGCGCCCGUCCCUUUGGCUGCCCUUUUGCGAGGUCGUCUGGGGCGCCAUCACCCUCGCGACCUUUGCCGCGCGCAAUGCCCGCACCGUAUUUGCCCUGCGCUUCUUCCUUGGCGUCUUUGAGGCCAGCUCGUGGCCGGGCAUCGUGAACCUCAUUUUUAACUGGUACACGCCGUCUGAGCUCGGCAAACGUCUGGCCAUCUUUGGCGUGAGCAGCCAGGCGGGCAGCAUGUUCUUGGGCAUCCUCCAGGCCGCGCUGUACAAGAACCUCAACGGCGCGCACGGCCUCGAGGGCUGGCAGUGGCUCUUUGUCGUCUCGGGCAUCAUGACCAUCGUCUGGGGUCUCUACGGGUUCCUCGUCAUCCCGGACGCGCCCACGACGACCCGGGCCCUCUGGCUGACCGAGGACGAACGCGUCCUCGCCGCCUCGCGAAUGAAAAAGUCCGGGACGACGACGCAGGAAGUCAUCAGGGGUAAAGCCCUCUGGUCCCGCGUGCGGAAACUCUUCACCUCGCCCAUCACCUACCUCUUCCUGGCCGCGUACCUCCAGUUCGCCUGGUCCCAGCGCGCAAACUCGUAUUUUUUGCUUUACCUCAAGGGCCUCAAGGGCGCGGACGGCAAAACGGCGCUCUACUCGGUCUACACGGUCAACCUCAUCCCGCUCGGCGGCUACGCAAUCUCCAUCGUGGCCAACGUGGCCCUCAACGCGCUGAGCGACUGGAAGGACUGGCGGUGGCAGGUCGCCGUCGGCGCGGCGCUGCUCCAGCUCGUCGCCACCUCCGUCCUCGCGGCCUGGCCCGGCGGGAGGGGGACCAUUAUGACGUUUUACUUUUUGACGUUUGCGACGUCGGCGUGGGGGUACGCGCUGCUCGCGUGGCUGGCUAUCAUUCUGCGCAAGGAGCCCGAGGCCAGGUCGGUGAUUGUCGGGCUCGCGGUGACGCUCGUGUACGUCGGCCACGCUACGAUUCCGCUCCGCGCGUGGAGGACCGCCGACGCGCCGCGGUAUCCCAUCGGUUUCCCGCUGGCGGCGGCGUUUAGCGUGGGCAGUAUUGCUUCGAUGCUGGGGAUGUUGUGGUAUGUGCGGAGGUAUCCCGAUAUUCUUGACUUUGGUCUCCAUUGGAAGGCGUUGAGGGAGGGGGCUGGAGGGAGUGUUGCCACGUUGGAAAAGGUGGAUGUCCAAAGUGAGGAUGGACGUGAAAACCAAAAGAGGUCUGCUACCGAGGCGACAAAGACCUUGUCAUCAUAG